GCGCAGUCCACCUCUAUAGCUACUAAUGGUGCUGAAAAGGCAUACAAGAUGAAUAAGCUCGCCAUAUAUAACAGCAACCAGAAAACGCUGCAUGAAUUCCUUAUACACUGCAGAGUGUAUUUUCUGCAUUACAAGACUCAGUUUAUCAAGGAAUCUGAGAAAGUUAUUCUUACAGAGACUUAUCUUGAAAAGAAUGCUCUUAUCUGGUACAAGCUUUUUCUAUACAAUUACUUGGAGCAUCAGAAUAAUCUCGGCGUAUGUAUCUAG